GUAACAGUUAUUAAUCCUUCAUUAUUGAUUAUUUUUUCAGUUUGUUUUAGUUUUUACAAUUUAGUGGGAAAAUUUAGACAUUAAAAGAAGAGAAAGGAAAACCGAGCUUGACCAGGGUACAUUCAAAACAGACCACUUACGAAAGAAACUCCUAUUUUCAACGCUAAAAUGUGAUAUUUGCCAAUUGUUCUGGUUUACCUGUUGGUAUGUAAAAAGUAAAUAUUGUAAGCAAAAAGGAUAUACUCAACUCAUUUCUACUAAAUCUGCAUAAAAUAUCCCCACAUGAAAGCAGUGUAAGAGAAUUAUCCUUUGAGAGACUAGUUUCCUGUUUCCUGGAGCUAGAGAAGGAAGUGACUGAGUAUACAUUAUCUAUUGUUUGUUUCUGGCAAAGUCAUGUUUUUCCAGAAGCUUAACUGUGAGGCUUCUAUCACGGUCCUCGACUACCUUUUUUCGUUGGAGCAGAAUGGGUCUGGUUGAUCCGAUGUUGACUGUCCUUUGCCAAGUGGUACUGUACUAACUUAAGGAUAUUGGAUGCAAAGUAUGAGAACGUAAAUAUAGCUUGCGGCAGAAGAAUCCAAGAAGCUGUUCCUCAGCUCUUCUUAGCAUUUUAUUGAAAGGGUUAAAGGGUGUAACAUCUCCAGUCAUCGGUUCGCUAUGAGUUUUCAUUUGCAAAGCCGCUUGAAAAACCUGCAAAAUGUGGGUGGUCCAAUCUGGUUGUUACCUCAAGCACAUUGCAAGCUUUCCUUGGAUCUAGAGGAAGAUGUGCUUUUGAGCUUGCAAUCAGCACGGUAAAAUAGAUGUUUCUUCCAUCAAUGAGCGAAAACUUCCAUGAAGUUUUGCUGCAGUUUUUGCAGAUUCCUAUCAUGUCACACACUUAAGUGGGAAUGACUGGCUUUAUUCUGUUUGUUCGGAAUCAUAAGAUCAUUAGCAUUUUGUACAGUAACUUUGUUGUUAUUAUAUUCUGCACAGUAUAUUCUCGAGUACGCCAUAGUGUCACUGUAAUAUUCAGUUUAAAAUAAAUUAGGUAGGAUGUGCUAACAAGGCGUUUGCUCUUAGUGUGGACCGCUAGUGGUCCAAACGCGCAUGGCAUGUGGUCUUUACUCUUUGAAAUAGUAAACUGCUGCAACUGUUGAAAUUGCUUCGUCGUUUUUGACACACGCGUUUAGACAGUGAAAAGUGAUUUUUACCAUAUACGUCAACAUUUUGUCUGGUUAAUAGGCAAUCACUGCUAGUUCAUUUUUAUGGCCAUUUAUACUUUUGAAAAUUUGAUUACUUUGCGGCCGAUCCAUCUUUCAUGAGGCAAUUAUUUAGACAUAUCUCACGUGAAUAUCUAUCGCUUGGUAACCAGUUUGAUGAGUGAUAAGAAACAUUUUCAUACUUAAAUUUCCGACUAUAUUAGUUCAUCUUUACCCUGAAAUUACAAACCCAAAGUUUUCGUCCUUAUUGUAUAGCCUUGCCUGGAGCCUAAAUACACUUUGUAGUAUUUUCCUCAAGUUUAAAUGUAAACAAUUUCUUACGAAACAUUUUCCUUCAGGACAACGGCAGAGCAAGGACUGAUAUGUUUCUCACGUUUUUUACCAGAAAACUGGUUUUCGUUCGCCAAGCUGUUGUUGCAAUCACGGAAAGGACUUCGGUAGUCCGUCGGAAAACUAAUAUCGGCAACCUAGGUAUAAAAUUUACAGAUGCUCUCUUUACUUCCCCAACACUGUGUAUCAGAAGCAAUGCAGGAACAUUGGUCUGGUGAUCUAUGUCAGUUUUAUCCAUCCUCGCUCUCAUUUGUGAUUUCAAUUUCCUGAGGGCUAAAUAUAUAUCGUUUUAGCAUCUAUAAACUCGACGCGGAUGUAUAGAUGGAACAAAGAUAAAACUUUGUCUUUCUGCGCGGCAGGGGGCUUGCUGAGAGUAAUUUUUGCGCCGGAAAUAUUAUGUAUUUAAAAAGGUGACUAUAUCGUACAGAACUGAAAAGUAGUCUUUCUUGUUAAUUAAUCAAUUUUCUGUCAAAUUGCUCUAAAUAUUUUUUUUUCUGUUCCUAUCAAAUUCCGCACAGGAAAUGGGACAGAAAGACGUUUAAAUAGGAGAACCUGCUAUAACUGGCGGAGUAAGGCUGGUAACUCAUUAGGCCCUCACAACGGGGAACUCGAGUCAUCAUGAAGGUUCGCUUGUUGUUUCAAAUCCCUUGGCAUCUACAAGGUUCUUUAUUCGGUUUCAAGGCAAAGGAGCACAACCGCAGUCAUGUAAAUGCGCUGCGAAGGCCUUAACGUAAAAUCAACGUAACAGCGUUUUUCUUUCUCUUUUGGCUCCGAGAGGAAAGAUACCAAAAACCAAUUAGGAACAUGUUUUGUGGUGGUGCUUUGAAAAGUCAGGAAAUAUAUUGAAUAAAUUUAUAUUUGCGUGAAACACCUUUCUUUGUGUUCGUGUGAAAUUCCAAUUUCGCCGGAACUUAAGUUUUGAUUUUGACUCAAAAGGUAAUUUACAGUUUUCGUUAAUUCGAUUAUGAAUGUAAUAAAUCAUUUCAAUUUUCCCAAAAGAAGCUCGAGGAUAUCGCGUCCAUAGAAUUCGCUUUAAAUGAGGAUACGAGAACACCGAAAGCAAGAAAUUCAAAACAGCCUGUGUAGGAAUCGAAAACGAUGUAUCUGUUUUCGGCGGAAAGGCUUAAAUAAAUAAAGACAGACAAAUUACUUUUUAGGUAGGACUCGAUGCUGAUUUUAUCCAAGGGAGAAAAAUGAAACACGAAGUAAAAUUUUUCUGGAACAGCAGGGAAGUUAGAGGAUUUCUAUAUUAGUGGCGAUCCAGACGGUACUUGGCCUAAUUAAAAGCAAAUUCGUAGACUUGCUUUGUUUACAUAAAGGUUGAGGAUUCUCUCUGUCGCAAACAUUAUUCUCGACAGGAUGUUUUAAAGCUCAAAUCGUCAUUAUCGUUUUAAAAGAGUGACUUCGUACUUAGUGAGAUUCUGCCUUUGCGAAUGGUUCAAGGGAGCUGGUCUCAUCUGAUGUGAAGCAAAAUUAACAUACUUCGAACAACAGUCGCUCGAGAACAAUGCAGAUAGGUUGUGAGUGGCCGAUAGUGGAAUUAUAAUAGAUAGCGUUCUGUUGUUGAAUAAUAAAUAGCCGGAGCUCUCCUGAAAAGUGGCAGGUGUUCGAGUUGUAAUGGGAAACGUUGGUACUACAUGUCAACAGUGACGAAAGAGAUAAAAAGCAAUUUUGGCUCAAUCAAAAAUUGUUGGCGUGUUGUAACAUUUUGAGAUGUUAUCUGUUGUUUUGUAAGUUGGAAGUGAUUUUUUUCCCUCUUCGCAUUGGAUCAAUGUUUUGUUGUAAGUGCUGAGUCGCCGAAGUUGCCUGUUCUUACGUUUGCCGUCGUAACAAUCGCGGGCGAGCACGCUGGGAAGAAUCCAGUUCCAAUGUUUGCUGAGUGAAUAAUGCGUUUUAAAAGUGCAAUGCACUCGACGGCGAGCAAAUGACUACGAAAUUUUGUGCGUGUCAGUCACCAUCGCAUCGACGAAAAAUUGCUGACGAUACAUUUUCCUUUGACGAGGACAAAGAUGCCGAAGAACUUCAACCAUUACCCAAUGGGUUCUCUCACGAACAUGAAAACGAGAACGAGAAUGACAGUGUACCAUGUUUAUCCAGUAACGAGGCUGAGACUACGCCUCAGGGUGACCGUCGACGAAGAAUAAAACACGUUUGGGAUUAUUAUCUGCUGCAUAAUACUUUACAUGGCUUGCACUACGUUUUCGACACGAAGUCAAUUUGGCGCAAAGUUAUCUGGAUUGCGAUACUGUUAAGCGCCGGUGGAGCAUUUAUUAACGAGGUCAAAACUAGUAUAACUCAGUAUUUCGAGUAUCCGUUCAGUACACUCGCCACUGUUGACUACCCUAAUAAGAUUGUACUUCCAGCAAUUUCGAUUUGCGAUCUGAGAGACAUCAGAAAAACUAUACUAACGAGUGCAAAGUUUCGGAGGGGAAGAAGUGCGCAAGGAAAUUCAACCGAGCAUAAUCCGGAACGUGUAUUGGGGGAUGUUCUGGAAGACGCUUUCUCGAUCUUAGACGACAUUUUAAUUUCUUGUGUUUUGAAGCGAGGGGUGAACGAGAGUAGAGAAGUCCCUUGUGAUCGCGAAGACUUUACCUUGUUUCUGUCUUCGGAUGGGCACACAUGUUACACGCUAAAUUACGGGGGUGAGAACAGGACGCUUUUGGAAACGGAUAAUGUCGGGCUGAAGUACGGUUUACAUCUGGUGUUGAACACGAAGCCUCUGGAGGAGGGGAAAACUUAUGGCGGCAGCGGGGUCAAAGUUAUUCUUCACCAGCAAGGAGAACUUCCCCUAAAGCGGGUAGGAUUUCAUGUUCCUCCUGGUUACGUGACGUUUGUGGAUAUGAAAAAAGAAAAGCUCACAAAUCUUCGUAAUCCUUUUAGCACAAAUUGUGGUGGAAAAACGUUGGAUUAUUUCCCCGCUUAUUCCAGAAAUAAAUGUUUUCUAGAAGGACUAACUAAACAUGUCUCUCACAAGUGUGACUGCAGAGGUUGGUUUAUGCCAGAAACGAAGGAUAAUUUUACACUGUGUUCGUUGAACAAGACCAUCAAUUGUAUGUGGCCAGCUUGGGAGGAAUUUGAAUCCAGGAUGAAUAGCCCGGUUGAUUGUCCAGUAGACUGCGAGAAGGUGUCAUAUGAAGCGCAGUUGUCUCAAACUCUUUACUUGCCACAGAAACUGGUUCCAGUAAAGCAAAAAUACGAGAAACUCACACAAGGCAGAAACUUACCUAAUGACACGGACGAAGUUAUUAAAUUUAUGUUAGACUACUACGUUGUGUUAAAGUUCUUCUUCAGCGAGCUUAGAAUCGAUGUUUUUGAGCAAACCCCUUCCUAUGGCUUCUUCAAGUUAGUAGGUGACGCUGGUGGCCAGCUGGGACUCGUGCUUGGGGCAAGUUUCAUCACGUUGUUGGAGGUUAUUGAUCUGUUUGUCAUGGUCGUUGUCAGUUGGUUAAAGUCAAAGUAUGGCGGCAAAAGCACAGAUGUGUGACGAGUUUCUUCUAUUUACCAGCCAUUGUGUUGAUAUUUUCUGUUUCAAUCUACAAAUCGUCUGGUGGUAAGGAAUUCUGUGAAGAUAUCUCUGGGGAGAGAUGGAGGCAAUUGCAGCAUGCUAGGGAAGGUACCUCAAGGGCGCGCCGGAGAUUUCCUGUUCAGAUCCGUUGAGGACUGUACAAACGCACGCGAAACGUGCAAAGAGUUGGCGGAUGGGAGAGAAGAAAAUAAGCUAAUGGUUACUUUAUUUUUGGAAAUGGAUGGGGUAAAGGUGACUUUAUAAUUAUUUUGAGUGAGGUAUUGUUGCGUCUGGAAAAUAUAUAAUAACAAGUGCAUUCCAUUAAUGGCAUCAAAAGCUGUGCCGUUGCUUGAAGAAGUGAAACAUUCAGAAAUUGUAGGAUAAAAAAUAAAAAAAAAACUGGCACAAGAGAUAAAUCAAGUGUCCCUCCAGUAACAAUCCUCGUGUUAAAAAUUGUUCAGAAAACUUCGGUGAGAAACCAAGACUGGCUUCUUGUGGUGUAACAUGUCGACGUGCCAAGUCUUUAACUAUAGAACUGCUCGAACCAGUAAACUCAGCUUAAACAACACGAAGAAAAGUAGUUGCUAAACAAUGGUGAUGAUUCUGUAUGAUGAACAGGGUAACAUCAAGUUUUUAGCUGUUCUGGUCUUACAAGACUCUAUUUCACUGUUCAGUUUUUGAUUAGGGUAUUUUUGGGAAGGUUUUGAUUCUCUUCUGCAAGACAUUUACUUAAGAACUGAAGAGUUCAGCCUAAAGCUACAGCAUUCUAAAUACCGCUCGAGAAUACAGUCAAAAUAUGUAGGUUUGCAUCAAUUAUUAUUUAUAAACAAGCUGUUGAGUCCACCGCGAAAAGUAACAUGCUAGAAGAAAAAGUUGAACACUUACAUUUUAAAAGUGAAAUGCAAUAUACCGACUGUAAAUCAGGGAUAAAUUAAGUUCCUAAACAUCCUUCAAAAAUUCCAUGAGUUAUAGGAAUGUUGUUCACAAAUAUGCUGUUAUUGUAGCGCCGUAGUAUUUGAGAGCCCAACGAUGUGAAGGAGAACCCACUGUUGUGGUGAUUUUUUAAAUGUUAUUGUAAAGUAGACUGUCCAAAAGAAAUACGUGCAACAGACAAGUAUGUGAUUGAUUGAAAAAAUUGAAUAAAAAACUUUUUUUUUUCUGUAAA